GGGAGGCGGCGGCGGCGGCGGCAGCUCGGCCCCGGUGCCCCAGGGCCGCCUGGAGCCCGAGGCUUCCCCGCGGCUCCUGCCGAGCGCCGAGCAUCCUUCCUGCCUUCCUUCCUUGCCUGCCUGCCUUCCCCGGGCCGCCCGACUGGGACCGGCACCGGCAUCACCGCCGGCACCAGAAUCGGCAUCACCACCGGCACAGCAUCAGGAUCCACACCGACACCGCCACCGGCGUCAGCAUCGACACGGGCACCCCCACCAACACCGGCACCGACACCAGAAUCGGCAUCAACGCCGUCCCCGGGAUCAGCACCGACCCCAACACCGACCCCAGCACCGUCCCCGGUACCAACAUCAACAGCCGCGCCGGUGUCGCCGCCGCCACCAGGGUUAACAUGACCGAGGUGGAACCUGUGCUGGACUUUGCAUCCUCCGGCAGGACGGGCCGGCGCAAUGCCCUGCCCGACAUCCUGGGCUCGCCCGCCGGCGUCAGCCCCGCUGACCUGCCCCUCAAACUGGCUGAGAUGUCCCUGAGCGCAGGCAGCGCCCAGGAGAUGCAGUCUCCAUCGGCGGAGGUGCCCCCUCCGCAGCCGCCCAGCCCCGAGCUGAAGGACACGUCCUAACCCCGCCCCGGGGGGACUUUGCUGACCAGCGGAGGGAGGAGGGGGCUGCGGAGCACCAGCCCAGCUUUCCUGGCACGGCCGGAGUCCGCUGGGAUUUCCUCGGUGCUGCCGCAGCCCAGACCCUCGAGUGCCACCCCCAGCACGGGGGAGCAGCGGACGCGGUGGGGACACGGCGGGGACCUGCCGUGACAAAGGGGCGAUUCCCACCCACGCCCUGGGCCAGGACUCGGAGGGGGGAAUUUUUUUUUUGCCUCUCCAGGGGGAGGAAUAUUUUUCUUCUGGGGCAUUUUGGCGGAGCCGAGCGCAGGGGGGUCCCCGGGGGGGCCCUCCUGGCCGCAGGAGCAGCCGCGGUGUUUCUUGCUGAGUGUGGUGUUCACUGUGAUGUUUUUGGGUACCACCUCGUCUCCUG